CCACCACCGCCGCAGCAGCUCCGGUUGUUUUCUUUGCCCCCACUUUUCAUGGGCUCCCCUCCCUUCUUUCAAGUCUCUCCAAAACCCCAAGAAAAACCUAUUCCCUUUCCGUUUCUUUCUCCACCUGUCUCGCAUAUUCUCUCGCUUCUACUCACAGAAUUCCUCGCCGCACGCCACACUCCUGUUGUCUUCUGGAUUGCAUGACAACGACAGGACUAGACAAAACAAGAAGCCUUUUCAAUUGAAGAAGAAGCUUGAAGCUUUCUUUUCUCUAUCCGUUCAACUCGCAUUAGCCUGAAAACCCACAUUAGAGGGGGGAAACCCAAAAGAGUUGUCUUUUCUUCCAGCUGAGCAGGGCUCUCUUUACAUCCCUCAAAUUUGCCAAAAAGGCCACCUGGUUGGUUUAUAGGAGAAGUGGGGGCAGUUUUGAAUGUGGAUUCCAUAGCUAAGGUUUGGCGGCUGUUGGGGAAUCUCUAUUCUUAGUUGAGAGAUGGCUGUGAGUCGUAAUGUUAGUUUUGUGGAAUGGGAAGAACACAUUAUUUGCCAUGAGCGUGGGAACCGAGUGGUUCACUAUUACUUGAAGAAUGCUUUGGGGCAGUCUCUGUUAGCUGUGAUAGGGACUGAGCGGAGCGUAAGGCAUAUGAUAUACGUUGUUUCCGAUGGGUUCUUGGUUGCUUAUGGGACUGAUUUUGGCCUCAGUGCCUCCACGAAAUGGAGAGCGAGACGAGAAGUUGUGGACUGGCUUGCCGCCAUGGUGUCCAGGGAUCGAGGUGUUGCAGGUGUUGAUAUAAACGACUCCACCGACAGCUUGGGAUCUCUUGAGGCUGUUACCGGAUUGGCUCCGUUCAAUACUUAUUUGCCAGAGCAUGUGGCUCAGAGAAGACCAAAAGUCGAAAAAGCAAGCAUCGAUUGGUCUGGUGUUGCUUUGAUCUGUGCUAAACAGCUGAAGCAUUACCCACUUUUGACAAGGAACGGCACUGCUAUACCGGUGCAUUCGUUUGUGUUCAUCUUGGCUGAAGAGGAACAGCACUACCUUGGCUACUUAGAAGAUAUGUACGAGGAUAGGAAAGGCAAGAAAAAGGUGAAGGUUCGCUGGUUCUACCGCAGUCAGGAAGUCAACACUCUGAUUCCUCAGCUAAACCCUCAUCCCAGAGAAGUCGUCAUAACGUCUAAUGUCCAGGUCAUCAGCGCAGAGUGUAUCGACAGCUCAGCGACUGUCUUGACACCUUGGCACUACGAAAAAUAUGUGGCAGUUGCUGACCUCAGUUCGCCAUCAUCUUCGCCAGCUGUCCACAUGUGCUUUCGCCAGCUCAAGAACAACAAGCUCAAGCCAUUCGCUCUCGCAAAACUGAAUGGAUACUCCAACCAAUCCAUCGUCGCCUCUCUCGGUGAGUGCGAUGAUCAAUUGGCUUAUGAAGAUGUUAUUUGUGCACGAGCGAAUGGCAAGAGAAAGAGUACAUCAUCCAAUGUUGCCCCGGGGAUCCAUCAGCCGGUAGAGACUAAGCCUGCGCUUCCUAAGCUUAAGUUCCGCUUAUCGAGGAGAACUACGAACAGCAGGGAUUCGGUCGCGCCUCAGUUGCCCUCUCCUGUGACAUUCAAGGCGGAUGAUGAGAUAGAGUUGCUGUGUGAAGACAGCGGCAUUAGAGGGUGUUGGUUUAGGUGCAAGGUCCUGGAAGCUUCCAAGAGGCGUCUGAAAGUUCAGUACAUCGAUGUGCUGGAUGAGGAAACCAGUAGCAAUCUAGAGGAAUGGGUCCCUGCUACUGAAGUGGCUGCUCCGGAUAAGUUGGGUAUAAGACAUGUUGGCCGCCAAAGAGUUCGCCCGCCGCCUCCUGGUGAUCUCAGGAACUGUACUUUUGAGGUUGGAGCGCCAAUUGAUUCAUGGUGGUGUGACGGCUGGUGGGAAGGUGUUGUUUCUGCAGCUGGAAAUGACCGUCUGCAAGUUUACUUACCUGGUGAAGGCAGGUCGCUGAGUGUUGGUCGGAAGCAUGUCAGAAUCUCCAGGGACUGGGUGGAGAACAGAUGGGUUGACGUGAAGCCAAAGACAGAUAUAGUUGAUUAUCUAUCUUUGAAUAUGGGCUGCAAUGGUAGACUCAAGACUUCUGACUCUGGUGGAGAUGCUCGAUAUUUGGAGCAGAAGGUUGUUCCAGUAUCCAGUGAACAAGAGAGAGAAAGAUUCCCAAGUUCUUCACCCCUGUCGGAUGAGAUGCAGAAUCUGGAGGUGAUUAGUGUGAGUAAGGAUGCAGUGGAUCACAAAGACAACUUCGUUAGCAAAGCUGCUUAAGUCCCUUGACAGUGUAGAAAUUUUGAUCAUAGGUGAACGUUUGGGGUGCCCAUGUUGGUGUAUAUAACAGUAGAGCAUGUUGCACUGUAGUAAGGCAUUCUGAGAUCAACAUAUAACGUUUAGCGUUAACCCGUCACUAAGUAAUUGAAAGUUUAAGACUUUAGCAGUUGGAGCUGUUUCCCAAUUAUCCUCAAACUAGCCUUAUGUUUUGUGAUAUACCAAAAUAACAUUUUGGUUCUAUACAGGUUUAACUUGUGCAAAAGCUCAGGUUCUGACUGUAAAAGCUGUGUUAGGAUUUCAGUACUUUCUGCAUGGUGAAAGAAAUAGAAGUUCAGUGCUUUUUGC